AUUAGCUCACAUGAGCCGGUGUAUAGCUCAGCUCAGCUCAGCAACUCUGCUUUCUGUGGCUGUUGCUUCGCAGUCUUAUAAGUGAUUCUUGAAACUACAACAUCCUGUUAGGGAUGAGCAGACAUGCCUACACUAAUAUCGAUGAUAUAGAGCGCUCAAUGGAAGCAAUGGCGAGCCACAAAGCGGGCCGCGAUGAGAAGAACAGUUUGAUGAGUAGCUCCAGCUCUUCUGUCAAAUCAAAAGGAGGCAAAAACAAAAGGAAGUUGGCUCGAGCCAAGUCCGUGUUACCAGUUAAAGACUACGAGAGUUUAGAUUAUGAUGUCUGUUAUAAUGUACCUCACAAGCAAUGGAUUGAAUCUUACUCAAAAUACACUUAUAAGCACAUUGCUCUCAUGAGGUGGAUAAUGGUUGCACUCAUUGGGAUAGUGACUGGCACAAUUGCAUUUCUCAUUAAUGUUGGCAUACAUUAUCUGAGAAAGCUAAAAUAUCAAGAAUUUUUUAGAGUCUAUGAUUUAACACGAGAUUCUGGCACAGUAUUCCUUGCUCUGUUAGUAAUUGCUGGCUUUAAUGUAUUUUAUUCUAUCUUUGCUGGUAUCCUGGUCGCUAUCGAACCAAUUGCUGCAGGUAGUGGAAUACCUGAAAUAAAGUGUUACCUGAAUGGAAUAAGAAUGCCAAGGGUUGCUAGGAUACGUACGCUGAUUGCAAAAGCUUGUGGUGUAUUGUUUUCUGUGGCAGGAGGGUUUCUUGUUGGUAAGGAAGGUCCUAUGAUUCACAGUGGCGCUAUUGUUGGGGCAGGGAUACCACAACUGAGGAGUUUUAUAUGGAAUAAGCUCAGGCUACCUUAUCCAUACUUCAGAGAUGACAAAGACAAGAGAGAUUUUGUAUCUUGUGGAGCUGCUGCUGGUGUAGCAGCUGCAUUUGGUGCACCUAUUGGUGGAGUCUUGUUCAGUUUAGAGGAAGGAUCUUCGUUCUGG